CGCGCUUUCGUAAAGGUUGGAGUCACUCCCUCGUGUUCCUUUAUCUCCUUUAUCUUCACCUGCCGCUCUGAACACUAUACCCCGCUAUGACCCUAAUUUAAUGGAACUCUCGCUCGAGACAUAUCGUCUCAUCGUCACGUACGUUGGCACCCGCUCCGACAUCUGCGCCCUCUGUCGCGUAUCUCGGCGGUUCCGGAUGGCCGCAGAACGUUCCCUGUACAAUACCAUUUACGCCCACAACGUCAGCGACACCGCAGAGAGAUGUGCGCUGUUCGCGAGGCAGCCUCGCAUUGCGGCGCACGUUGAAGCGCUCACAAUCAGCCUUGGUGGCGACGGCCCUACGAUGGCCGAGGACGUGCCAGAGGAGCUCUGGGCGGCUGUCGCGCAGGCGUUGCAUAAUACGACCCGAUUGCGAUUCUUCAACCUUGACUGCGCUGGUGAUGUGCCCAGCGCUUGGAUCCUCGACGACGCGUCCUUCAGCCUUCGCACGUUUCACUGCGAUCUCCGGUGGGACGCGCACCUCGUCGAGUUUCUCAACGGCCAGAUGGAGCUCGCCGAUCUCUAUAUCUCCGACUACUCCGAGGGCGACGCAGAUGGGGUAUCUCUAUCUCCCGGCGCUCUGCCCGCCCUCUCUGUGCUCGAAUGCACAUUCAGCGAGGCGGCCUGCGCGCUGCUCCCCGGAAGACCUAUAUCCCGACUCAAGACGUGCUUCUCGAACGCCGACGUGCAGAAGAAACGCGCGGAAAUGGCAAACCUCAUCAAUAAGAUUUCGCUGUCGACGGGCGUACUCGUCGCUCUCGACAUCGCCGAUUCGUCGUACUGCGAAAUCUUUUCGCUGGAGCUUCUCUCAGCUGUGGUCAGCCUGACGAGGGCGAUGUACAAUCUCCGCUAUCUCGGCACGCUUGUCCUGCCUAUCGAUGGCCCAGAGAGGUUGCAGUUCUACGGGAAGCUCCGCCGACUAGCAUUCCUACAUACGGUUGAGGUCGACGUCACCGAAUGGGAGCCAAGCCCAUCGGUGCCAGCCGGUGUGUGCGCCCUUGCAGGCGAGAUGCGGCUGUACUGCCCCUCUAUACAACGCGUCAUCUUCGUGAACGACUUUGAGCGCACAGUUGUGUGUGUCAUCAACGGCUCGCCGAAGGUUGACUACUAUUCCAUCACCGACACGACAUGGAGGGAGGUGUAACAUCUGAGCUCGAAGAGCUGACUUUGUCGACUGUGAAAGGUGUUCCAAUAUCCUUGUCCGAGUGCCUCGUUUCUCCUUCAUCAUCGACACAAUGUACGUUUACACGUCUCGUUCAUACCCUUCUUAUCAUUGUCAGAGUAUCCAUUUGUUAAUCUACUGAUGCAUUACGACCUUUCAACGAUACCCCUCCUUC